UGAGUGUAAACAACAUUUUUGAAUAAUGGUGCAAAAUAGAGUAAUGCUUUCAAAACUUCUUUUAUUGUAACAUAAACGUCAAACCCCAAUAAAAUGGAUCCAAAACCUUCGUACCUUACAUCUUUAAUUGCGGGAGCUGCUGCCGGCUUGGCGGUCGACAUCUCGUUGUUCCCUCUGGACACCAUCAAGACCCGUCUGCAGAGCUCAGCUGGUUUCAAGAGUUCCGGGGGUUUCGCCCGGCUGUACAGAGGCCUGGGGCCAGCUGUCGUCGGUUCUGCACCAAUAGCCGGCCUGUUCUUCUGCACGUACGACGCGGUGAGCCAGCGGGCGGAGGCGCUGGCCGGCGAGCGCUACCGGCCGCUGGCGCACGUGGGGGCGGCCUGCGCCGCUGAGGUGGCGUCCUGCCUCGCCAAGGUGCCCACGGAGGUGGUGAAGCAGCGCUCGCAGGCGUGCCCCGGGGCCGCCGCCCCCUCCCCGCUGGGCGUGCUGCGCGCCGCCCUCGCCGCCGAGGGCCCGCGCGGGCUGUACCGGGGGCUCGCCAGCACCGUGCUGCGCGAGCUGCCCUUCGCCGCGCUGCAGUUCCCGCUGUGGGAGCUGCUGAAGGCGAGCUGGCGCCGGCGCCGGCGGCGGGACCUGGGCGUGCCGGAGGUGGCGGCGUGCGGCGCCGUGGCAGGUGGCGUGUCGGCGGGAGUGACGACGCCGCUGGACGUGGCCAAGACGAGGAUCAUGCUCGCCAAGGCCAGGUCGCCCGGCGACGGCCUCAAAGUGCGGGCGGUCCUCAGGGCGGUUUACAGAGAGCUCGGCGUGCGAGGACUGUUUGCAGGAUUUGUGCCAAGGGUGACGUGGAUAACAGUCGGUGGCGCUGUGUUCUUCGGCACUUACGAGGCCACCAAGACGUACUGCACCGGCUACUCUUGGGGCCGAAGGGAGGCGUGAUCGAUCGUCUACGCAGCAUUGCACUAGACGCCUGUUUCGGUACAUUUCCUUCACGGACAGCAACAAGACAAGCAGCAUAGUUGUAAACAUCUGCUUUGUACGAACACUGUUGGUAUUCUUCUGCUUGUUGUUUGGAAUGAAACGCCAUUUUGUAACUGCCUGGUUAAAAUAUAGUCACAUAUGUAUGUUUUUUA